AUGCGUCGGGGACUCUUAAGAAUAUUACACGCUAUCCCUUAUACAGAGAUCGAAAACAUGGCCGACCCAGACGACGUCAACUCAUGGACAUGCAGUGCUUGUCGCCUCCCGAUAUUCUCCACCCCUUUCGUCGUAGAUAAAUCGCGGGGCAGCAAUCUCCUGCUUCACAAUAAAUGCUCUGACGAAUCUCUCCCUCCCAAACUCACGGCGGGCCAUACCAUGCACCCGAGGGGAGCCCUCGGAAGUAGACGAGGCGGGACAUCAUUGCCAAAGAUGUUCGUCGAUUUGUGGGAGCAAAUUUUACGAGUGCCUGACAGGAGCCACAAGCACAGGUUAACGGCUGUUAAGAGGCCUACGAUGUCUAUGUCGUCUCACUCAUUCGUCUGCGGCGCGUGCGGGAAAAAACACGCGCCGCCAGUUAAAGAUGCGGUAAAAGCGUACACGUGCACGAGCUGCGAUUUCUGGAUUCAUCCCGACUGUACGCUUCUUCCAAAUACCAUUGUCGACACAGCAUGUCACGAGCACCCUCUUCUCCUUGGAUUUUCUGUUACUCGAUUCAAUCAAAGCUGCAAAAUUUGCACCCUCGAAAUCACGACUUUCGGGUUCUACGCCUGUGUCGUUUGUCGUUAUUAUGUUCAUAUCGACUGUGGAGUUAACUCAAGACAUCACAGAUUCAAGCCCGUUUUCCAAAAAUUCGACGACUACUGUUCAUUUAGGCCAAAGGUAGCCACGAAGCCCUUCAACAUAUUCGAGUGUGCGGUUUGCAAAUGCAAAUGCAAUGGGUCCGCUUACUUUAUCGAAGGAGGAGAGCAAAAGUAUAUCGAUGUGGUGUGUGCCUUAAUGCCUCACUUAAUCACGCAUCGUGCCCACGGGAAGGCCCACAUUCUUCAAGGGAAGUUGGAAAUCGACAGAGGAGGAGAAGAAGAAGAAACUGGGCUUUGCGAGAUUUGUAAAAAGGGCAUCGAUUGGAUAAAAUGGCACUACGGCUGCGAAGAAUGUGGACAAUAUUUUCACGCAAACUGCAUUCCUUGUCUCAAUCGUCUAUCAAAGAUUAAGUUCGGUUUUGAGGUUUCGGUCAGGUGCCACGGGUGUCCGGUUGCCUGCGUUCGGGCUGUUUCGGUAGAUGGAUACCUGUGUGGCCAUUGUGGGAAAAACAUAAGGGAGAGUGAUGAUAUAGCAUUUGAAUGCUCCAAAUGUUACUUCAGGAUGGACAAAGGGUGUGUCCAGGAGCUUAUGAAAGGAACUUGA